AUGGGUGCCUCACAAAAGCUUCACCAAAUGGAUUCCGACAAGUGGGUUAUGUCUGGAAUUACACUCCGAGCUCCUUUGAAGCCGAUUUUCACCAAACCCAUGGAGAGAACGGAGGCUGAAGAAGAGUUCUUCUCGACCACUCCAACAUCUGUGGAAUCAAGAAUCCCUAGCAGACAGGUUUGCCCGCCGGCUCCCAAGAAGCGAAAGCCGGCUUCUUCAAGAUCAAUAUGCCAGUAUAGAGGAGCUAGGGAGUUUUUCAAUCCUCCGGACUUGGAAUCAAUAUUCAUACGCCGUGUUGAGGGGGCAUAA